ACAUUGGGGUUCAUUUUCAGAGCAGAGUUUAAAGACUACAAGAAUGUGACAGUGAUACCCUUCUUCCGACUUCCAAAACGCUUCCGCUGUCAUCUUAAAGAAACACACACGCCUCUCAUCAAGCAUCAUCAUUCUUUUCUUUGAUAUUAUUGGAGUGGAUCGGGGUGAUACAGUUGGUAUUGUGAUAGGCUGGGGCGGAUUAGAAUGACCCUGAUUCGCUGUUGUCUCUGAACCCUUUCUGGCUCGUAACAAAGGCUCAGCGGUGACUUGUCACUUGUGUUCUACCAGCUGCGACACUCGGUGCUCGAUUGCUUUCGACUGUAAGGACCAUGGCGGAUACAUGGGAUAAUGUUACAAUUCCUGAGUUCAACUCCCUUCUUCAAAUGGAUCCCUACCUCAAACAGUACGAAAAGGACUUCAGGAGGAGGUAUGGACUGUUUGAGAAGCGUCUGUUCCUCCUGGAGGAGGCAGAAGGGGGCUUUGAUCAGUUCACUAGAAGCUACAGGACCUUUGGCGUGAACCGCAUGGCUGACAACAGACUGGUGUUGAGGGAGUGGGCCCCAGCCGCGGAGGCCCUGUUCCUUACUGGAGACUUCAAUGGUUGGGACAACUUCUCUCACCCGUAUGAGAAGAAAGAGUUUGGAAAAUGGGAACUGUGUCUGCCCCCCAAGUAUGACAAGUCACCAGCCAUCGAACACAACACCAAACUCAAGGUUGUGGUCCACACUAAGAAAGGGGAGCGUCUGUACCGCAUUUCACCUUGGGCCAAGUACGCCAUCCAGGCCGAGAAACAAGUCAUCUAUGACUGGGUCCACUGGGACCCUCCUCAACCUUACCUGCACAUCCACCCUCGCCCCAAGAAGCCCCAGAGUUUACGGAUCUACGAGUCCCACGUGGGCAUCGCCUCACCUGACCCUAAAGUCGCCUCCUACACCAACUUCACAACCAAUGUCCUGCCUCGAAUAAAAGACUUGGGGUACAACUGUAUUCAGCUGAUGGCUGUCAUGGAGCAUGCAUACUAUGCCAGCUUUGGUUAUCAGGUCACAAGCUUCUUUGCUGCAUCCAGUCGUUACGGGACACCAGAGGAGUUGAAACAGCUGAUUGACACCGCCCACUCCCUGGACAUCGUCGUCCUAUUGGACGUGGUCCAUAGCCACGCCUCCCAGAACACGGAGGAUGGGCUUAACUCUUUUGAUGGCUCCGACUCCUGCUUCUUCCACUCCCCUCCGCGCGGGGAGCAUGCUCUCUGGGGCAGCCGCCUCUUCAACUACUCCAGCUGGGAGGUGCUGAGGUUCCUGCUGUCUAACCUGCGUUGGUGGAUGGAGGAGUAUCGUUUUGAUGGCUUCAGGUUCGAUGGGGUUGAAUCAGCAUUUUGGAUUCAUAUUGGGCAUCAUCAUGGCAUUGGCAGUAUGUUUUCAGGAGACUACUCGGAGUACUUUGGUCUUCAGGUGGAUGAAGAUUCCCUGGUCUAUCUGAUGACAGCUAAUCAUGUCCUGCACACCCUGUAUCCUGACUGCAUCACCAUCGCAGAGGACGUAUCAGGGAUGCCAGCUGUGUGCCGGUCCGUGGCAGAGGGAGGGUUGGGCUUCGACUACCGUCUUGCCAUGGCCAUUCCAGAUAAAUGGAUCCAGAUUCUGAAGGAGUUAGCAGACGAGGCCUGGGACAUGGGUAACAUUGUCUACACUCUGACAAACAGACGAUAUGGAGAGAACUGCACAUCUACAUUAAGGUCUCUGGUAGGUGAUAAGUCCCUGGCCUUCUGGCUGAUGGAUAAAGAGAUGUACACCAACAUGAGUUCCCUGAUCCCCAUGACUCCCGUCAUCGACCGAGGCAUCCAGCUACAUAAGAUGAUCCGCCUCCUCACACACGCUCUGGGGGGAGAAGGCUACCUCAACUUCAUGGGUAAUGAGUUCGGCCACCCAGAGUGGCUGGACUUCCCUCGGAAGGGUAAUAAUGAGAGUUAUCACUACGCCAGGCGUCAGUACGACCUGCUGGACACUGACCACCUCCGUUACAAACAGCUCUAUAACUUUGACCGGGACAUGAACCGUACCGAGGACAAGUAUGGCUGGCUGGCUGCACCACCGGCGUUUGUGAGUGCCAAGCACGAGGGAGACAAGGUGAUAGUGUUCGAGAGAGGCAACGUGCUGUUUCUGUUGAACUUCCACCCAACCAGGAGCCAGACCAACUACAGGGUGGCUGUGGCCUCGCCUGGGAAAUACACCAUCAAGCUGGACAGUGAUGAGGUGCAGUACGGAGGCCAUGGCAGACUGGACCACAACACAGAGUUUUUUACUGAACCACAGCCCUUCAACGAGAGAGACAACUCUAUGCUGGUGUACAUCCCCUGCAGGACAGCUCUGAUCCUGGGUAAUGACGACACCGAGUCCUGUUAUUAGAGCUCUGCUACUACUGACGCUCGCUACCAACAGGAACAGACACCCAGCUGGCGCCAACCUCAAGUGUUAUCAACCAACCACUGUCCGUUUUUUUUUUUUUCAGUGUCAACUAACCAUACGCCACUAAUGCCCCGCCCCCUUUCCCUCCCACCCUUCCCCAUUUUUCACAACUGUUGUGAGUUCCUAUGUUUUUUCCAUACACCUUUAACAAUAGUUAGCAGAUGAUCAUAUUAACAUAAUCUGUAAUACAGCAAGUUGUUUCCCACUAUGACCGAGUCGGGGCCUUGCUAUGACCGAGUCGGGGCCUUGCUGAAUAGCUGAUUAUAUGUUAAACUAAUAUGAUGUAACUCAGGAUGAGGGUUGCAGAAUUCCACUAACUAAUUUCAGGAAUCAGAGAUGAAUAAAGCAGGAAAACCUGGACUUUUUGGGGGGGGAAGUUCCCGUAAUUCUGCCAUUUCCAUAGUAUAUAUCGUUCAUAUUUUGAGUCCAUCCACCCACCACUAGUUUGCCAAGCCUUGGUAUGACACCUACAACACUUGAAAAGAAACCGUGGUACAGGGAUAUGGUAAUGCUAACAUGCUAACAUAAAGCAUUACUUGUGGUACGGUAAUGCUAACAUGCUAACAUAAAGUAUUACUUGUGGUACAGUAAUGCUAACAUAAAGCAUUGCUUGUGGUACAGUAAUGCUAAAUGCUAACAAAGUAUUACUUGUGGUACAGUAAUGCUAACAUAAAGUAUAACUUGUGGUACAGUAAUUCUAACAUAAAGCAUUGCUUGAGUUACAGUAAUGCUAACAUGCUAACAUAAAGCAUUACUUGUGAUACAGUAAUGCUAAUGCAGUUAGCGAUAGUACUACCUUCUCCACUGAUUCCAGCAUGCACAGGCUUGUAAUAAUAUUAUUUUACAUAUAUUGCAUUAAGAUCUGUGUGCUAUUUAUAUACAAAUACAAUACGCAUGCAAUUUUUGAUGUACAAUUUAAUGCUUAUGAUUUUGUAUUUAAAUUCCAACAAUGUUUUGAAAUUGGCCAUCCGAAAGUGUAUACUAUAAGAGUGUGUACUAUUUAAAAGUGUAUACUAUAAGAGUGUGUACUAUUUAAAAGUGUAUACUGUAAGUGUGUACUAUUUAAAAGUGUAUACUAUAAGAGUGUGUACUAUUUAAAAGUGUAUACUGUAAGAGUGUGUACUAUUUAAAUCAAACAGGACAGGAAAAAAAGUUACCAGUCAUGCAUCCCAAAUAGCACCCUAUUCCCUAUAUAGUGCACAACUUUAAACCAGGACCCAUAGGGCUCUGGUAAAAAGUAGUGCACAAUAUAUUUAAGCAAUAAGGCCCGAGGG